GGAGCCUCCAGAGGGCUGUCGGCGCAGUAGCAGCGAGAAGCUACGUCCGCGGUGCUCCUGCUCCGGGCAGAAGAGGGCGAGGGAGCGCGCGCGCCGAUCCCGGAGCCCACCGCGUCCCAGGCCGCCGAGGAGAGCCGGCAGCAUGGAACACCAGCUCCUGUGCUGCGAGGUGGAGGCCAUCCGCCGGGCUUACCCCGAUGCCAACCUCCUCAACGACCGAGUGCUGCAGGCCAUGCUCAAGGCCGAGGAGACCUGCGCGCCCUCCGUGUCCUACUUCAAGUGCGUGCAAAAGGAGGUCCUGCCGUCGAUGCGCAAGAUCGUGGCCACCUGGAUGCUGGAGGUCUGCGAGGAGCAGAAGUGCGAAGAGGAGGUCUUCCCUUUGGCCAUGAACUAUCUGGACCGCUUCCUGUCGCUGGAGCCCGUGAAAAAGAGCCGCCUGCAGCUGCUGGGGGCCACCUGCAUGUUCGUGGCUUCCAAGAUGAAGGAGACCAUCCCCCUGACGGCCGAGAAGCUGUGCAUCUACACUGACAACUCCAUCCGGCCCGACGAGCUACUGCAAAUGGAGCUGCUCCUGGUGAACAAACUCAAGUGGAACCUGGCCGCGAUGACUCCGCACGAUUUCAUUGAACACUUCCUCUCCAAAAUGCCCGUGGCCGAGGAGAACAAACAGAUCAUUCGCAAACACGCCCAGACCUUCGUCGCUCUGUGUGCCACAGACGUGAAGUUCAUUUCAAACCCGCCCUCCAUGGUGGCGGCGGGCAGCGUGGUGGCCGCUGUGCAGGGCCUGCAUCUGGGAAGCACCAGUGGCUCUCUCUCCUACCACCGCCUCACUCGCUUCCUCUCCAGGGUGAUCAAGUGUGACCCGGACUGCCUGCGGGCCUGCCAGGAGCAGAUCGAGGCCCUGCUCGAGUCGAGCCUGCGCCAGGCACGCCAGAACCUGGACCCCAAGGCGGCCGAGGAAGAGGCGGAGACUGAAGAGGAGCUGGACUUGUCCUGCACGCCCACCGACGUGCGCGACGUGAGCAUCUGAGGGCGCACCCCGACGGCCUGGGAGGUACCCCCGCCCCGGGAAGGCGUCCUGGCCUGGGUGCUCCCCAGCCGGACCAGCUUCGUCGCCGGGGGACACGUCGCGACCAGAAGGGAAAGUAUCGUUCUCCUUGUUGGUUGUUUUUUUUUCCUGUGUUCUCUCUUCCCUUCCAUCUAUGACUUGAGCGAAUGAGAAAAAUUACCCCAAAAACUGUCUUUUAAAAAAAAAAAAAAAGGAAAAAUAGUAUUUGCAUAACCCUGAGUGGCGGUGGCAGCGGGGGGGAGGGUCGUGCUACAAAAAUAGAGGAUUCCAUGCCCCAAUAAUCGAUUAGUUCUUAUAUUAAUAUUUGUGUCUCUGUAUUAUUAGAAUAGAAAAGGCAUUAACAGAAAGGAACCAUUUCCAGGGGAGGGUUAAAUUAGACUUGAUUAUGUGUUUUUAAAAAAAAAAGCAUAAAAACAUUAAAAAAAAAUUAGAAAAAUCCAAGAAACCAUUUUUAAAGUAGAAGAGGGUUUUAGAUAGAAAAACAUACUCUUGUGCUUUUCCUAAAAAGCAUAGCUUUACCGCUGUGGUAGACAUCUGUGUAAUCUCGCUUGCUCGUGCAUGUAGUCACUUUAUAAUUCGUUUGUUCGUGUUUAUUUGAUUUCGUAGGUAGACGUGUAACCUCUUCACCUUAUCAAUGGUUGCUGUGACAGCCCCCCCCCCCCCAGGUUAGAGUGGCGUAGGGGUCGGCAUCGUCACGAACCCUCCUAAAAUUUUUAGGCCUGCGGGUUGACCGUUCUCGAUCAGUCUCCCUGCCGAGGCCUGUCGGUGCCAACUGGAAUGGCGGAAUUGGGAAAGGCCAGCUCGACUCCCACCGUGCGCUAAUAGAAAGAGAAAGCAGAAUAGCCACAUAAUAUAUUCUAUUUUUAUAAUCUUCCUAUUUUUGUAGUUAACCUGUUUAUGAAACGCUGGUUUUUUCACCCAAACGGACUCGCAGUCUGCCCACAUCUAGGUUAAUUCCAUAGCUUUUUUUUUUUCCCCCCUCCAUAUUCUAAAACCAUUCCAUUUUCAAAGCACUUUCAGUCCAGUAGUUCUAGGAAAUCUUUGUUUAUAUCAUGGGGGGGGCAACUUUUUUUUCAAUGGAAUGGUUUGGGAAUAGUCACGUACUUGUGUGCAAAGAGGAUUGCAAAGCAAGUGCACGUCAGGGUGGUGUUAGUGAAGGGAUAAUUUUGAAAGAAAAAUUUGCAUUUUCAUAUUGCCAGGUUAUGUUCCUUUCCUUUUCUGUAGAGAAGCUGAAGUUUAGAAAUCCUUUUGGUGCCAACUGGUGUUUGAAAGUAGGGCCUUAAAGGUUUGCCUAGAGAACACAUAGCUUAAGGAUUACCUUUAGAUGUUUUACAACUGAAGGUUUUAAACACUAAAAAUAUAUAAUUUAUAGUUAAGGCUAAAAAGAAUAUUUAUUGCAGAAGAUGUUCGUAAGGCCAGUAUGAUUUAUAAAGUAAUGCAGUCUCCCCUUGAUUUAAAAACACCCACAAACUUUUCUGCCUUUGAUGUUGCAGAUUUGACAUGGUUGGGAAAAGAUAGGUCUUUCUUACAGACGCAGAAAAAAAAAUCAGGAAAACCAAACCAAGAAAUGGAUUUGGCCCUGUUUGGCAUUUUCCAAAGACAUCAGCUAACGUGGAAAAAUCAGUGUGGUUAAAACAAGUUCAGUUCUGAAGUUCUUAUCCCAUCCCAUCCUUUUUAAGAGAAAUUUAGCAACAGAUAGGACAAUUUGCACAUCGUGGUCUGUACGUUUUUGUGAUUAUUCUUUAGAAGUGUUGAAGGGAAGUGACAAGAACGUUGAGGCUGAUGGUUGGAGAGAGCAUGUGAGGGUGGGCAUGCGCGGAGAGGGGUCCUUGCAGACAGGCUGCAGCUUUGUGUUUUUUUAUUGCGCUGCUAUCGACGACUUCCCAGCAUGGUUUGGAAACAAUUUCACACGCUUCUCUGUAUCUCUUUCACGACAUUUUGCUGCUAUCGAGAAUCAGUUUUUUGUUUUAUGAUGUCAUGUACUGCCAUGUGCUAGAAUUUUAAUUUUCUCAGAGAAAAUUGUAUUACGGAUACCAAUUUUUUUUUUGUAGAUUUUUUUUUUUUAAUGUGAUCAAUUUUGACUUAAUGUGAUUACUGCUCUAUUCCAAAAAGGUUCCUGUUUCACAAUACCUCAUGCUUCACCUAGUCGUGCGUGUGUAGGUCCACGGGGUCAGGUUCGGCCUGACCCCGGCCUCCUGCUUCAGCAGACAGACCCACAGACGGAUCCCCUGUUACCCAGGCAGGCGUUACCGGAGACCGGGCCUCGGCGUGUCCUUUUCUCCGCCUGUUACGCUGAUUCUUCACUGGGUCCUAGAUUUCUCAUCCUACUAAUUGUUAAAGCUGUAUUGUUCUUUGCAUUUAGCUAUGAGAGUUGCAUUGAUAUUUUAAGACUUGGCGUCCUGCAUGCCGCCUUAGUGCUGUAUCCUCAGGACUCUGUCAUUCGGGACGAUUGGAAUCUUCUGGAAUUUGUUAAAUUGGGGGCGUUACCAUCUGCUGUGAUGUCCCAGUGGUCAGUCUGUUGUUUUGUUCAUCACCGUGUCAUGCUUUUAAAGAGACUCCACAUCCCCACGAAGCCACCCACGGCCCUGUGUGCCCGGGUCUGCUGGCACACACGGCCAAACCCAAAGGAUGUGCCCACGUCCCAAGUGCCUGGAGGCUGUUGGCAGCCUGGGACCCCGCGCCCCCGCCCCACCCCCAGGAACACUGCUUACACUUACCUCAGAACCAUUCCAGCUGCGGCAUCUGUGUCCGAACCAAGCGGGCUCCGUGCGGGGCGGUCUGUCCAGAGAGAUGAGGUGAGGCUGGAGUGGACGGCUCGAGGAACGUGUGUGUUGAAGGCCAAAGGCGGCGGCAGGUCCAUGGGGCACUGCCAGCUCCCCUGCCCGGGGCCCGCCGUCUGCAGAGGCCGUGGGUGGGCAGCUGGGUCCGGGCUUGUGCACCCCCGUGGGCACUUGCUUCCUGCCCCUAGAUGGGUCACCAGCACGUUUCCAGCAGAAAACAAAAGAUGAACGUGGAAAGGCUAGAAAUAAAAUUGGUAAAACCCCA